GAGGUUAGGUUAUUUACCAAUUUUUAGUACAUAUAAAAAUGAUUUUUAGAAGACUCCUACAAAUUCGUCAAUUAAGCCACUUUAGAACGUAUUCGAAAAAAAUCGAAAACGAGCCAUCUCCAGUGAAUGAAUCCGCUUCAGCCUCAUCGGAAACGUUCAGCAGACAAGGCGAUGGGGGAGCUUCUAAAAUCAUCAACGGCGAUUUAUUGCCCAAAGACAGUCAAGUUUUCAACGCAAUAGGCGCGACAGAAGAGCUUCUAAGUUACAUCGGGCUGGCACGAGAGCAUGCUCACGAAUCAGAGCAACAAUACACCGACAAGCUAAAGAGAAUACAGACAAUCAUCAUCGAUUUAAGCACUGCCAUAUCCAAGUCUUCCGUUAGUGCGACCAUUUCCCCGACGUACACCAAAGAAUUAGAGGAUUGGAUAGAGGAGUAUUCGAAGCAGCUACCGGCGCCCGAGCAGUACAUAAUACCGGGCGGUGGAGUAGCGAGUGCCUCGUUGCACGUGGCCAGGGCCAUUUGUCGAAAGACCGAAAGAGUGAUAGUGCCGUUGGUGCGACAAGGCACGUUGGACAAGGAGGCUCAGAAAUAUCUGAACAGAUUGUCCGAUUUUCUGUUCACGGUGUCUCGGAUAGCCGCGAAGCACGACAAGAGAGCUGAGAGCAUUUACAUACCGAAGCAGGAUCAAACGAUCCAAGCACAGAUCUGCAUUUAUCAAGAAAAAUUGCGAAUACUAUUACCUUGAUUGUAUAUGUAUGUUUAAUGAGAUGCAUAUGUGCACAUAUUUACUGUAAAUAUACGUUCAAAUGCAGCAAAAUCCUUUCAACUAAUCCAAAAAUAAUUAUUUGGAUUCACAGGAAACGUAAAAGUUGUAAUGGUUUUGCUACAUUGUGUUGUUUUGUAUGAUAUUGAAUAUAGUUAUUGAAGAAUA